AUGGGCCCUGGACGCGCCACGCCCGCCGGCCAGGCUGGCCUCCUGCCGGGGCUGCUGCUCUUGCUGGCCCUGCUGCUGGGCUCGGCCGCAUGCCAGUCGGCCCAACCGCCGCCAGUCCCGCCGCCCUAUCUGCAGAUCCCCCCGCCGGGGUCCCUGUCGCCGGGCCACAGCCUGCGCUGCGACGCGCGCG